AUGGAAGGCUCAAGAUGGGGAGAUUUUUUCAAAAAGACAUUGACAAACGUCGAAUCAAGUCUUGACAAAGUCUUAGAAGUACCAAGUCAUGAAGGAGGAAGUCCUAAUGCACCAAAAUCAAAGGACGAUGUUAUUCGGAAGUUGGUUGAAGAGGGACAAGCUCUAUCCAAACAUGAAUUAAAGUUGAGUAAUACAGUAAAAACUUUAAGGAAAAAUUUGGAUGAAACCGAAUCCAAAUUGAAGAAACUGGAAGACGGAAAGCCAACAGAGAAGUCCAGUACAACUGACAAUUCGGAAAUAAGCGUUCAAGAACGGCUGGAAUCUGUAAAAAAAGAUUAUGAAAAUCGAAUUACUCUUCUUGAAAAAGAAAAUGAGUUACUAAAGCGAAAGGUUGAAGAAGCUACAGUCGAUAGUAUGGAAGUUGUUCGUUUGACUCGUCAAGUUGAGACGUUAUCGACUCAACAGUCUAUUCAAAAAAACCAAUGGCUUCGUUCUGAAGAGAAACUCAAAGCUGAAAUAGCACAUUUGAGUGGACAAUGUCGUAUAUUCACUCAGCAUACUCAAGUCGCUCAGGAAAAUUAUAAAGCUGCCAGUAAUAUGGUUUCUGAGUUUACACAGAGAGAAGAAGAUUACAAAAAACAAUUGGAAUCCCAAAAGGACGAAAUCGAAAAGUUAUUGAAGUUUAAUACUGAUAUUCGACAAGAAUAUCAUGCAAAAACUCAACUAUUACAAGAACCAUUAGAAUCCAAUGCAGUUGCAGCACUCGCUAAGACAUUCCCGAAUACAAUUGAUACCCUUGAUACAAAAAAUGUCAAUGACAAUGUUGAAUUUUAUGCUAACAAUAAUGAUGAUAAUGAACAUACUCCUACGAAUGCCUCUAAACCCAAUUUGGCAAAUAACAUAAAUGCCAUCGAUAAGUAUGAGCAGAAUGUUGAUUCCGGUUCAGAUAUGCAUACAAGCUCAUCAAGCUCAAAUCGACCACCGCCCUUAAAGCUGAAGGGGGAGAACUACAAUGAAGAAAACGGGGUGUACUCAGAAGAUGACUUUAGUCAAGAUUCAGAAGUUACCAAGCAAGAAGUUUUGGAAAAUUACUUGAAUACGCUUGCGAUUUCACCCACAGAACCAAAAGCACCUCGACUGCCGCGGACAGCGUCAGAAGGGAAGAGAAUGGGAAGACAGACCUCAUCAAGGUUUACUUCCAUGAAUAGCAUGGUUAUGUCUCCUAUGUCAGCCUCACAUGACUUUGAUACUUUAUCUUCUCUUUCGUAUACGCCAAGUACUGCUGAAAAACCGAUUAGCAACACUGGUCCAGAUAUGAGUCUUCUGGAACAACUAUCGUCAACGAUUCGCCGCUUAGAGGCGGAAUUACAGACUACGAAACAGCAGGUUGUACAGCUUAUAAAUCAACGCGACCAAGCGCGUCAAGAAAUAGUAAAUUCGUAUGUGGAUAAAGAAACGAAAGAUACCUCAGAACGAGAACUUACUGAGCUACGUGAGCAAUACAGCAUUCUUCAAAAACAGCACACAGAAGCCCAAAGUAUUUUAAGGAAACGAGGCGACCGUGUCUUUGAACUCGAAUUAGAUAUAAAAGAGAUGCGCCAGCUUUACCAAAGUCAAAUCGAUCUCUUGGCCAGAAAUUGA